AGUGAGGGGAAGCAUUCAUAGCAUUCCUGUGCAGAAGUGGAUAGUUGUAGCUUAGGCUUUGGGUUUUUUUUAAGGUUUUUCUUUUGGCUUUUUUCCCCAGACUGAUUUCUGGAACUGUGUCAGAAUUUACCAAGAAGUUGUCCUAGUCCCAGGUGGACCAAGUAGUUCAAUCUUUUUUUUUUUUCUUUUUACAUAAUAGCAGCUGGGAAAUUGAAAGGGACUUCAAGUGUCUGGCUGUAUACACCUUGAAUCUGCUCACCAAUGUCCUUAAGUGUCUGUUUCCUCCCUUACUUUGGGGAAGGAGUUGUGGAGAGAGUUGCACAAAACCAGAAACUGUCUAGGACAGCCGUUCAUCCCCACUGUAUUAAAGACACACUGAAGUGUUCAAUGCACUAAAAAUAAAGUUUAAUGGACGUGUCGUUGUCUUUUUGACAAAAAGUUAGUGUUACAGCUCUUAAAAGUGAUGGUUAUGAGUGUAGUGAACAACAUGCCUGUUGCAAAAGAUUACUUUAGAAUGUUUUCUGUAAAUACCUAAAAGGAAUAAUUACUUAAACAGGCUUUACAUCAUGGCUACUGUUGGUUAUCCAUGUGCUUGUCAGAAGGAGAAAGGAAGAGAAUAGUUGGUGAAGAUACCAUUGUCUGAGAGCAGGGGAUGGUUACAUGAGAAAUGUCAUAAAACACUUUAUUCUCUGAGCCUUUGGGUUUGUAUUGUGCUUUGUUAGUGAUUGUCUUGGCUACACUUUUUAAGAAUGGAGAGCAAAAGGGACUUUUUGUGGUUGUCCCUGUUUUGAGUGGACUUCAGGAGAGACUGGUUCUUUGGGAAAUGUCCAUGUGUGUGGUGAUAGGAGCUGGGGAGGAAAAGAGAAAAGAGUAUCUGCACUGUCUUUCUCAAGAUCUGUGGAUGGGCAGGCAUAGGUAGGCUCAGCAGAGCUGCAUUUAUAUGACCACACAUACUGAAUUUGCACGGGGAUGAUUAAGUAUAUUGUUACAGUUCCUGGGAGGUUUAUCCUGUGGUCCUAAAUUCUUAAAUUAAUCUGAGCUACUCUUCCUUGUAAUGGCAUAGAGUCUUGCCUGCUCUUUCCAUGUCAGUGUGCUUGUAGGUCAUCAAGGUGUUAAUUUUAAGUGAGCCUAUCUUUGCUCAGCCCCCUUCUUUGUGCUUCAAGGCAUGGAGGUAGUUGCAGGCAAUAACCUGCCUGUGUUUUAGAGGUUAACAAAGAGGUGUAUACAUACCAUGUGUACAAGAGGAGUUAUAUUCUCUGUGGAGGCUAUAAUGAGCCUGGUGAAAAUUGUGUAGUCCCCACAUUCCAGUAGCAAAAUGAGUUUAGGUGACAAGUUCUUGAUUCUUCUUUUGAUUGAGAGUCACUUCUGGUACAAGACCAUGAGCAAAGAGGUAAUGCUGUGCAGACUUGGGAUUAGCAGUGAUUUCUCUGACAUGCAUAAGGAGAAAUUCUUGGCUUUAGGAAACUGAGGACUUUGCGUAUGAUGAUGUUUUUUACUGCCAAGACAUAAACAAAGAAGAGUCCAUACUGUUUCAGGAUAAGUUAAGACCAUCUAGAAAUUGGUGACUGGCUGUGAGUUGCUGUCUAAUCAGCUUAGUAGUAACAAGUUAGCUCCUGAUGUUGAGAAAACGAUUUAUAAGUAAAUGGGAUUUGUGGCUUACUAGGGAAUGACAGAACAUGGUAUUUUCCCCAAAUCAGCAGCUGUUUUGCGUAGAAUAUGGUCCAUGUACCAUAUGAGGUGCCCCUGGUGCAAGUGGCCACUGCCUUUCUGGCAGAUGGAGCACAUGAGCAAAUCAUCUGAAAGUCUACUGUGUGAUAACCCUUUAGUUUGAUUAAAGGAUGAAGUCUACAAACCCUGCAAUGGAAAGAGCUGGGACAGUAGGUAGUCAGGCCAUCUACUGAUGACUUGGUUGGACAACCAGAGUUGUGUCCAGAUGACGUGCGUACUGAUACUGUGUCUUUAGCGCCAGCAGUUCUUUGGGUACCCAAUGUAUUUUCUGUCCUUGUUUAAGAAAAAGAACAGAGGGACCUGGCAGGAGAAGGAUGCAAGUGUGUAAGUCUUUCCAUGCCUGUGCUAUCAAUCACUGCUGCCUCCUUUGUGCCAGGGCCAGUGAGCAUGUGGCCACCUGGUUGGCUGAAACAGGAAGCUUGUUCCCUGAAAAUUAAUCACAUCGUAUCUAGAGUUAGUUUUCAGCUGGAUCGCAAGUGCUAGUGAUGGCUGGAAGGAAUAGAGUUGGAUAGACUUAAGCUGGUUGAAGUUGAUUUCCUGGGUCCAGCAUGCACUUGGUGUACAGAAGGUAAAGUGGCAUUUUUGACAAACCUGUUUGAAUGCUGGUGGGUCCAAUACUAGCUGUGUUACAAGCACAUGCUUUAUGCAUUCAUGAGAAAGGAUGAAGACGACAGCUUUUGCUAAGAGGUAGGGGCAGAUUUAAAGGUGUAGUUAAAAGUCCUUAGUAGGGGCCAUAUCUAGAAAUGGGGACUGGUUCCAGGGACUGAAGAGUGUCCUGUGUCCCUGUAUCCUCAAGUGUCAUGGGGAGAUGUGUGGGGUAUAGAAUACUCAUGUCAAUUUAUCUAUUUGCUUUUACUUUUAUAUGAUCUUAAGGGAGUCAUCUGGUUCAAUAAAAGCAUUGAAUAACACUUCCUGCGUCCUCCUUGUUUCCCAGUUGCGCUCUUUAUCAAUGAGGUGUGUAAUCAAGCACUUCAUUAAGCAGCAGCUUAUUAAAAAGUAACAUGUGCACUUCAGCUGCAAGUGUGCAAAAUAAGAAAAUGCUUAACAAAACUGGUAAGCACAGCACGUGGUGAAAACCAGUGGUAGCUCUUGGGAUGUCUUGGGUGUCGUGGAGUCACCUUUUGCCAGUGCAGCUGUUCUCCCUCUUAUGUGGUUGAAUGAGGGUCGGAGAAACAAGAUGUGCCCUUCCCAGUAGAAUUGCGCUGAAGGAGCGCGUCGGUUGAUUCAUUGCCUUACCCCACCUCUCUGGUCAUGCAGGGAAUCCACUGGUGGAUGCACAUGCAGAGGUUUGCUUCCUGGUGGCUGUCAGGAUGAGUGGUUGCUCAAACAGAUCCUGCUGCUGGUGCUGCUGUUCUUGGUCCCUCCUGAAGCUGCUGCUCUUCCCAGACCAGUCUCUUACUCCUCUUUCUCUCCCCCUCUCUCCCCCACCCCCCCCGCCCACCUUUCUUGCCCACUCCACUGUCACAGCUACAAUUCAGGGUGCUGGCUCAACUUGCGAUCAAAGUUAUCAUUUGUUUUCUGUAGCAGCAGGUCUCUAGCCUUUUUUUCUUUUUCCAUGCUGAUUUUGGGCUCUCACCGCCCUCAGUCCAGCACAGACUGACAGUCUCAGAAAGGCCACAGGGAAAAAAGAAGUGUGCUCUUUCUUGUACACAGAGAAAGAGGUUUCUUGGCUUUAAUGCUUUGUGUCACAGUAAGGCCACAAGUUUGAUACUUUUAUCUAUUUGGUAUGCCUUUAUUUCAUCUCUCCACAUUCUCCUUCUCAAAGAGGGAGAAAAGACUGAAGUGAAUCAGUGAUAACUGCAGCUGUUCCUGCUGAAGCAGUCAUAAUGCUGUACACCUCCAAGUACCUGACCACUUGUCACUAUCAAGCUUCUGCAGUUUAAGGGCAUAAAGUAGGAAUAAGCUAGUUUGGAUGGUUUUGGUUUUUUUUCAUUCUGUUUGCAGUACAAUAAUGUGGUAGCUAGUUCAUAGAAGUACAGGGAUGGUUCAUGAAUACUUUAUCAAAAGGUAAACUAAGAUGUGCAUUUGUGUCUUGUUAGUUACUCUGUGGUAGCUGCUUAUGUACAUGCUCUCACCCUUUUGCUCUUAAAUUCACUGUGAAGCAAGCUGUCUUGCACUGACUGUGGGCUAAGACAGUGCAGGUGAGCAGCAGAGAUGGUAAACUGGGGGAUGGAAUUACAUUGCAGUAGCUGUCUGUGUAGCCUUAAAGACUGAUCGUGUCUGAUCAUUUGUGUCCCUUUUGCAGUCCUGAGCUGUGGUCUGUAAGGCUGCCCUGCUCCGGUGCUUUGCUGAGUUGGACUUGAAUGUUUCAAGCAGUAGAGCUCCAACUGUUUGCUGUGAUAGAUUAGCUCCAUCCUGACUGAUGUGUGCUGGUGUUCCCUUUCAAGAGAAAAGGUGAUCUUUUCUUGUGAGACAAGUGGUUCGCAACUCAUGGCCUCCACAAUGAAUACUGCAGUGUCGUGACACCAGGGGUCUUGUGUGCCCUGGAGAUGCGAGACUUCCCCUGGGCAGCAGGAGGCAAACGUCUAGAGAAUGCUGGAGCUGCAGGAGGGAAGCGCCCAGUGCAAAACCAGAGAGGAGCAAAGAGAAAAAAGGCAAGCAGACAGCCAGCAUUGAGAGAAGCAGGUGGCAGAAAGUGCUUUGACGCUGCCUCUGGCGGCACACUCCCCAGAGGAACUUGACGAGAGUCCAUCUGCGUGCGUGUGAGACUGUGAGCUCAGGAUUUCUGUCAAUGCAUUCCAGUAACCCCAAAGUGAGGAACUCCCCAUCAGGCAACACGCAGAGCAGCCCCAAAUCAAAGCAGGAGGUGAUGGUCCGUCCCCCUACAGUGAUGUCCCCGUCUGGCAACCCCCAGCUGGAUUCCAAAUUUUCCAACCAGGGAAAACAAGGGGGCUCCACCAGCCAAUCCCAGCCCUCUCCCUGUGACCCCAAAAGUGGAGGUCACCCCCCCAAAGUGCUCCCUGGCCCAGGUGGGAGCAUGGGGCUGAAGAACGGGGCUGGAAAUGGUGCCAAGGGGAAGGGGAAGAGAGAGAGGAGCAUUUCAGCAGAUUCCUUUGAACAGAGGGAAGCUGGGACUCCUAAUGAUGACCCUGAAAUCAAAGACUGCAAUUCUGCUGAUCAUGUGAAAUCCCAGGAGUCUCAGCACACACCACACUCCAUGACUUCUUCAAAUGCUUCAGCCCCAAGGUCUUCCACACCUUCCCACGGCCUGACUGCUGCUUUGGAGCCAGCAAGUGGGCAGAAGACUCCAUCCAAAGUGGUUUACGUCUUUUCUACUGAGAUGGCCAACAAGGCUGCAGAAGCUGUGCUGAAAGGACAGGUGGAAACCAUCGUGUCCUUUCAUAUCCAGAACAUCUCAAACAGCAAGGCGGAACGAAACACUGUACCCUUGAACCCCCAGAUCACUGCCCUUCGGACUGAACCCAAGCCCCUGCCGCAGCCCCAGCCCCCCACUGCCCAGGAUCAGAACCCUCCCCAGAAUGCUAAAAUGCAGCCGACUCCACCCGUGUCAGCGCCGGUAUCCAAAUCCACUGGCCCCCCGUGUCCCAUAGAUCAGGACAGUCCCGGUGUGGAAAGCAAAGUCAUGUCUGUGGGCAGCCCUGCCAACUCUACCCCAUUACAGACAGAAGGAUUUGGGCAGAGUUCGACCCCCAAUAAUCGAGCAGUUAGCCCAGUUUCCCAAGGUAGCAAUAGCUCUGCUGCAGACCCCAAAGGUCCUCCCCAGCAGGUGUCUGGUGGGGACCCAUCCAAUUUGGGUGAGAAUCCAGAUGGACUGUCACAGGAGCAGCUGGAGCAUCGAGAGCGCUCAUUGCAGACCCUGAGAGACAUACAGCGCAUGCUCUUCCCUGAUGAGAAAGAGUUUGCGGGAGGGCAAAGUGGGGGGCCACCCUCAAAUGCUGGGGUGCUGGAUGGUCCCCAAAAGAAACCUGAAGGGCCGAUACAGGCCAUGAUGGCUCAAUCCCAAAGUUUAGGCAAAGGGUCAGGGUCUCGGACAGAUGGAGGGGCUCCGUUUGGCCCUCAAGGACACAGGGACAUGCCUUUUUCCCCAGAUGAAAUGGGGCCACCACCAAUGAACUCUCAAUCAGGACCCAUAGGCCCAGACCACCUGGACCACAUGACUCCUGAGCAGGUGGCCUGGCUCAAGCUGCAGCAGGAGUUUUACGAGGAGAAGAGAAGAAAGCAAGAGCAGGUGGUUGUGCAGCAGUGUUCACUGCAGGACAUGAUGGUCCAUCAGCACGGGCCUCGUGGGGUGGUCCGAGGCCCUCCCCCUCCCUACCAGAUGACCCCUGGGGAGGGCUGGGGACCUGGGGGUCCAGAGCCCUUCCCUGAAGGCAUGAACAUGUCGCACUCUCUGCCCCCCAGGGGCAUGGCCCCUCAUCCCAACAUGCCCGGGAGCCAGAUGCGCCUGCCUGGUUUUGCAGGAAUGAUGAACCCUGAUAUGGAGGGCCCCAGCGUCCCGAAUCCUGCCUCCCGGCCUGGGCUUUCGGGAGUUAGUUGGCCAGAUGAUGUGCCAAAAAUCCCAGAUGGCCGAAACUUCCCUCCUGGCCAGGGUGUCUUCAGUGGCCCUGGCCGAGGGGAGCGGUUCCCCAAUCCACAGGGCCUGCCCGAAGAGCUCUAUCAGCAGCAGCUGGCUGAGAAACAGAUGGGCCUCCCUCCUGGCCUGAACAUGGAAGGCAUCAGGCCUGGCAUGGAGAUAAACAGAAUGAUGCCCUCCCAGAGACACAUGGAGCCUGGGAACAACCCCAUCUUCCCUCGCAUGCCAGUGGAAGGGCCGAUGAGCCCCUCCAGGGGGGACUUCCCGAAAGGAAUACCCCCACAAAUAGCCUCUAGCAGAGAGCUGGAGUUUGGGAUGGGCCCUGGCAGCAUGAAGGGGGACAUGGGCAUGAAUGUCAGCAUGGGCUCCAACCCACCCCUGGUCCCUCAGAAGCUGAGGGAUGCAGGAGUUGGGCCAGAAGAGAUGAUGAAACUGCGCCCCGGUGUCUCGGAGAUGCUCUCCUCUCAGCAGAAAAUGGUGCCGCUGCCAUUUGGGGAGCAUCCGCAGCAAGAGUAUGGCAUGGGUCCCAGGCCUUUCCUUCCCAUGUCUCAGGGCCCAGGAGUCGGUCUCCGAAAUCUCAGAGAACAGAUUGGGCCUGACCAAAGGACUAACAACCGGCUCAGCCACAUGCCGCCACUACCUCUCAAUCCCACCAGUAACCCUAAUAGCCUCAACACUGCUCCCCCUGCGCAGCGGAGCCUCGGCCGCAAGCCCUUGGAUAUCUCUGCAGCUGGUCAGGUGCAUUCGCCAGGGAUCAACCCCCUGAAAUCCCCCACGAUGCGCCAGGUCCAGUCUCCCAUGAUGGGGUCUCCCUCGGGGAACCUCAAGUCCCCUCAGACGCCCUCCCAGCUGGCAGGAAUGCUUGCGGGCCCCACUGCCGCAGCUGCCGCUGCCUCCAUUAAGUCUCCCCCUGUCUUGGGGUCUGCUGCUGCUUCUCCUGUCCACCUCAAGUCUCCGUCUCUCCCCGCACCUUCUCCCGGAUGGACUUCAUCUCCAAAGCCUCCUUUGCAGAGCCCUGGGAUUCCCCCGAACCACAAGGCAUCUCUCACCAUGUCUUCUCCAGCCAUGCUGGGGAACGUGGAGUCGGGUGGUCCACCUCCUUCCACAGUCAGCCAGUCUGCUCCUGUGACUCUCCCUGGAAAUCUUCCCUCUAGCAGUCCUUACACAAUGCCACCAGAGCCGACCCUCUCCCAGAAUCCCCUCUCCAUUAUGAUGUCCAGGAUGUCCAAAUUUGCCAUGCCCAGCUCUACACCGCUCUAUCAUGAUGCCAUCAAAACUGUGGCCAGCUCAGAUGAUGACUCCCCUCCAGCACGUUCCCCAAACUUGCCACCUAUGAACAGCGUACCAGGAAUGGGCAUUAAUUCUCAGAAUCCUCGAAUUUCAGGUCCAAACCCAGUGGGUCCAAUGCCAACCCUUAGCCCAAUGGGAAUGACCCAGCCUCUUUCCCAUAACAACCAGAUGCCCUCUCCAAAUGCUAUGGGACCCAAUAUACCUCCUCAUGGGGUCCCCGUGGGACCCGGCCUGAUGUCACACAACCCAAUGAUGGGGCAUGGUUCCCAGGAGUCUCCAAUGGUACCUCAAGGACGCCUGGGCUUCCCACAGGGGUUCCCUCCCGUACAGUCCCCUCCACAGCAGGUGCCAUUUCCACACAACGGGCCCAGCGGUGGACAAGGCAACUUCCCAGCGGGAAUGGGCUUCCACGGAGAAGGACCUCUGGGGCGUCCUACCAACCUGCCCCAAAGUUCGACAGAUCCAGCACUUUGCAAGACUGGAGGCCCUGGCGGUCCAGACUCCUUCACUGUUCUCGGAAACAAUAUGCCUUCGGUUUUCACUGAUCCAGAGCUGCAGGAGGUGAUCCGUCCUGGAGCCACAGGAAUACCUGAGUUUGACCUGUCCAGGAUUAUCCCAUCGGAGAAGCCUAGCCAGACACUACAGUAUUUCCCUCGUGGGGAGGUGCCAGGCCGCAAGCAGCCGCAGGGUCCUGGGCCUGGGUUCUCCCACAUGCAGGGGAUGAUAGGAGAGCAGACCCCAAGGAUGGGACUAACAUUGCCUGGCAUGGGGGGCCCCGGGCCAGUGGGAACUCCAGAUAUCCCUCUUGGGACGGCUCCAUCCAUGCCGGGUCAUAACCCGAUGAGACCACCUGCCUUCCUGCAGCAAGGCAUGAUGGGGCCGCACCACCGCAUGAUGUCACCAGCACAAACGGCGAUGCCUGGCCAGCCCGCGCUAAUGAGUAACCCCGUGGCCGCUGUGGGCAUGAUCCCAGGCAAGGACCGAGCCCCUGCAGGGCUGUACAGCCACCCGGGCCCUGUAGGGUCACCUGGUAUGAUGAUGUCAAUGCAGGGCAUGAUGGGACCCCAACAAAACAUCAUGAUUCCCCCCCAGAUGAGGCCCCGAGGUAUGGCUGCUGACGUUGGCAUGGGAGGAUUUAGCCAAGGCCCUGGAAACCCAGGGAACAUGAUGUUUUAAGCUGCUACCAUAAGACUGGAUGUUCUGAUCCUUGUCAAGAUGAGAUUCCAAGUCCUGAGGGCUUUUUUGGGAGCUUCAGGAGUACAGUUUGGCCAUGCAAUAGGUGAAAAGAGACCAGAGGACGCUUUGGGAAAUCUCGAAUGUAUGGAAUUACCUGAAAAAAAAUUAUUCAUUUUAACAGGUUGUUUUUUUUUUUAAGAUUUAUUUUUUAAAAAUUAUUUUUGUGGACUUGGGUAUCCUGUGACGGCACCUGCUUUGAGAAUCUGUAGCUGUAUUUUGAGAAUUGCCAUUUGUCACAAGUUGCACCAUUCUCUGUAUGUUUACGUCCUUUGGACUGGCUUCUCCCAGGACUCUCGGUUAUUUUUGGGGUUUUUUGUGUACUGUACUAUAUUGUAAAAGGGAUUUUAGCAGAGACUUUAGUCUUUGGGGUGAGAGGAGAAUGGGAUUCUAGGCUGUUUACUUUAGGUGGAGAAUCCAUCUUCAGAACUUCGGACUAUUUUCCUUCAACUCCAAUGUAUAGAAAAACCAAACUACGACCUCAGAGCAGAGUAUUAAUGAAAAGCACAAAAAGGAACUUAAGUUCAGUGAGGGGAAUCUUUUAAAAGAAAUAAAUAAUAAGUUAAGGACAUAUUUUUCAAAUUAUGGCGUGCUGUCCAGCACCUUCUGUCUCUCCCUCCCACUCUUUAUUAAAUAGGCUUCUCUCUCUC